GCCAUGGCUUCCCUGGAUGACCCUGGGGAAGUGAGGGAGGGAUUCCUCUGCCCUCUGUGCCUGAAGGACCUGCAGUCUUUCUAUCAGCUUCAGUCACACUAUGAAGAAGAGCACUCAGGGGAGGAUCGUGAUGUCAGAGGACAAAUUAAAAGUCUUGUCCAGAAGGCUAAGAAAGCAAAAAACAGGCUGCUGAAACGAGAAGGAGAUGACCGAGCAGAAUCCGGCACCCAAGGCUAUGAGUCUUUCAACUAUGGAGGGGUCGAUCCUUAUAUGUGGGAGCCCCAGGAACUUGGUGCUACGAGAAGCCAUCUUUCUGAUUUCAAAAAACACCGAGCUGCUAGAAUUGAUCACUAUGUUGUUGAAGUCAACAAAUUAAUAAUCAGGUUAGAAAAGCUCACUGCAUUUGACAGAUCGAAUGCCGAGUCUGCGAAGAUUCGAGCCAUAGAGAAGUCAGUGGUGCCUUGGGUCAACGACCAGGACGUCCCCUUCUGUCCAGAUUGUGGAAAUAAGUUCAGCAUCCGAAACCGCCGCCACCAUUGCCGCCUCUGUGGGUCCAUCAUGUGCAAGAAGUGCAUGGAAUUCAUCAGCAUUCCGUUGGCACACAAGCUCACCAGUGCCAGCAGGGAUUCCCUGAGCACACAUACCAGUCCCAGCCAGUCACCCAACAGUGUCCACAAUUCCCGCCGGGGCAGCAUCAGCAGCGUGAGCAGUGUGAGCUCCGUGCUGGACGAGAAGGAUGACGACCGCAUCCGCUGCUGCACACACUGCAAGGACACACUGCACAAGCGAGAGCAGCAGAUUGAUGAGAAGGAGCACAUCCCCGACAUCAUGAGGCUCUACGAGAAAUUACGAAUUUGCAUGGAGAAAGUUGAUCAGAAAGCUCCUGAAUACAUCAGGAUGGCUGCAUCAUUAAAUGCUGGGGAGACAACCUAUAGUCUGGAACAUGCCAGUGACCUUCGAGUAGAAGUGCAGAAAAUCUAUGAGCUGAUAGAUGCUUUAAGUAAGAAGAUCUUAACAUUAGGCUUGAAUCAGGACCCACCUCCACAUUCAAACACUUUGCGGCUGCAGCGGAUGGUCAGAUACUCAGCUACGCUUUUUGUCCAGGAGAAGUUGCUUGGAUUAAUGUCACUACCAACCAAAGAAGAAUUUGAGGAACUAAAAAAGAGAAGGAAGCAGGACCUGGAGAAAAGGAGGAACCUGGAGAGGCAGGCCACCAUGGAAUCCCAGCGGAGGCUGGAGGAAAGACAGAAUGACCUGGCGUCUCUUGCUGCCAAUGGGGAGGUGGCAUCUCUUGGCAGGGGCCCUACCCCCUUGCGGAAGGCUGAGGGCUGGCUCCCACAGUCGGGAGGGCAGGGCCACAGUGAAGAAUUGGACCCUCUUCUCCAGCAGAUCCACAACAUCACGUCCUUCAUCAGGCAGGCCAAGGCUGCAGGCCGGGCAGAUGAAAUGCGCACCCUGCAGGAGAACUUAAAGCAGUUGCAGGAUGAGUACGAUCAGCAGCAGACAGAAAAGGCCAUUGAGCUGUCCCGGAAGCAGGCUGAGGAGGAGGACCUGCAGCGGGAACAGCUGCAGAUGCUCCAAGAACGAGAGUGGGAGCGAGAAAGGGAGCAGUUGCAGGCGGCAUCCCUGCACACACGGACACGAUCCCUGGACUUCCGAGAAGUCAGGCCCUUUCAGCUGGAGCCCAGCAGGGAGCCUCGAGCCCACCUUGCUUAUGCUCUGGACCUAGACUCUCCUCUAGUCGAAAGCAACAUGGGUCUCAAGACCCCUUCACCUAGCUCAGUGGGAGAGCCCAUCAGAGUGUGGUCUGGACCCCCAACCCAGGACUUCUUCCCCCAGAACACCAUGUCACAGCAAAAGGAGGUGCCUGCCCCAAACCCCUUCGAUGAGGAAGACCUCUCCAGCCCGGCAGGGGAGGUCACUGGUAGCCCUCCUGCUGCAGAGGCUUCCUUCACUCCCUCAGUCCAGAUCCCAAAAGAGUACAAUCCUUUUGAGGAAGAGGAGGAGGAGGAGGAGGAAGAGGAAGUGGUAGGGAAUCCUUUCACUACCCCAGAUGGCCCAGCACCUAACCCCUUCGAUGAGGGAUAUGAACAGUCCACUCAGAAAAACUCUGAAACCCCUGUUCCUGGCAACCCCUUUGAGGAGCCUGCCUGUACCAACCCCUUUGAGAUGGACAGUGACCGUGAGCCAGAGGGCGAGGAGCCUAUUGAGGAGGAGCUCCUCCUCCAGCAGAUCGACAACAUCAAGGCGUACAUCUUUGAUGCCAAGCAGUGUGGCCGCCUGGAUGAGGUGGAGGUGCUUACGGAGAACCUGCGGGAGCUGAAGCAUGCUCUGGCCAAGCAGAAGGGGGCUGCUGACUGA